CUCAGUAGUCAGUACCCGGGCAAUAACCGACCACAAUAGUGACUAAGCUGCGUUGCAAUCCUCAACCUUUUGUUGUCUCGUAAAUGCCGCUGGACUCUUUAAAUAUACCUGGUAUUAAGACAGAUUUAAGGAGAAUAUACAUAGAUCUGGAUAAUUUGAGUUAGAAGUUGAGCGAGGGAUAAUGUCCAGCGGUGUGUACAAGUUGAGGUGUAACCUGUUUGGACACUCUAAAGAUGUGAGAGCCGUAGCCACCACCCAGGAUGGUCUUAUCGUCACAGCCUCCAGGGACACCACCGCCAAACUCUGGGCUCCUGUUAAUAAUGGGAGUGAAUAUGAAGAGAAACAGGUCUUCAAGGGCCAUACCUCCUACGUGACCAGUGUGUGUGUGUUGACGGGCGACAAGGAUCACCUGGAAGGCUUGGUGGCCACCGGAUCGAGAGACUCCACUAUCUUGAUCUAUUCGAUGAAUGGAGGAGAGCCGUUACACACACUAACUGGCCACUCUGACACCGUGUCUUGCCUUGCUUGGGGUGAUAGAGUAUUAGUCUCCGGUUCUUGGGAUCACAGCUGCCGAGUGUGGAGGAACUGGCAGUGCAGUUACGUAGUGAACGGACAUGAUGGACCUCUAUGGUCAGUGGCGUUGGCACCAAGUGAAGAUGUAGACAACGCCACGAGAUCAGUUACUGUACUUACUGCCUCAGCUGACAAGACCAUCAAGUUGUGGCUGGAUGAAACGGAACGGAAAACAUUCACCGGCCACAAAGAUUGUGUUCGAGGACUCACGUUUUUGAACCCAAGGCAUUUUCUUUCUUGCUCCAACGAUGCUUGUGUUAUACUGUGGUCCAUCACAGGAGAGGCCUUAUCCACCUACUACGGGCAUACAAAUUACAUAUACUCGAUAAGCCUUCUAAGUAAAGAGGGAGACUUUGUGACUGGCGGUGAAGACAGAACGUUGCGGGUCUGGGGUUCUGAAGGCAACUGUGUUCAAACAAUUCACAUGCCAGCACAGUCUGUGUGGGCAGUGGCAGCCCUCCCAAACACAGACAUUGUUUGUGGAUCAAGUGAUGGUAUGUGUCGAGUAUUUACAAGAAUCAAAGAGCGACAGGCUGAUGCAGAAGGUCAAAAAGAAUUUGAAGAGAAUGUUGCUAAAUCCACCAUGGCUGUAGAGGAUCUUGGAGGCAUUAAAAAGACCGAACUCCCAGGUAAGGAGGUUCUUCUGGCUCCUGGAAAACGUGACGGACACACUGUGAUGGUUCGAGAGGGUGAGAAGGUGAAUUGUUAUUCCUGGUCAGCCUCAGACCAACAGUGGACGGCUGUAGGUGAGGUGGUGGGUGGUGCUGGAGGAUCUCAAAGUACUUCUGGCAAGGUACUGUUUGAGGGUAAAGAAUAUGAUUUUGUAUUUGAUGUCGAGCUUGAUCAAGGUACUCGCUUUAAGCUGCCUUACAAUAGUUGUGAGGAUCCGUACUUUGCCGCGCAACGUUUUAUUCAUCGUCAUGAGCUGCCUCAAGAGUUCUUGGACCAGGUGGCAACAUUCAUCAUCAAUAAUACUAAAGGUAUGACCCUGGGAGUAGAAGGGAACACUCAAUUUGCAGACCCUUUUACUGGUGGGUCCCGCUACCAACCAGGUGCAUCAGGACCAGCUCCUGGGGGGGCAGACCCAUUCACAGGUGGUGGUCGAUAUGUGCCUGACGCCUUGGGUACAAGUGACCCUUCUAGUUCAGCAAAUUACUCAACUCAGGGAGCAAUAGCUCUUCCUCCUCCUUCUCACUUCUUUCCUCAAUUGAUACCAUUGAAGUUUGAGGCUUGUAAUUCUGUAGGUAUGAUGUCAAAGUUAACAGAGUGUAAUUUCAUGUUGAGUCAAGAUAAACAGCUUAGUAAUGUAGUGCUUGAACAGAUGGUAGAAGCAGUAUCAGGGGGAAGCGACUCAAAUCCACAAUUUUUGGCUCCUUUAGAAACAGCCUUACAGUGGCCAGCAGAACAAGUUUGGCCAGCUCUAGAUGUGCUAAGGUUGGCGCUGCAGUCUGAACGCAUGCAGAAGGUGUGGUUAGUUGAGGAUCGUGGAUUGGCUUUGAUUAACCAUCUUGUUUCUCUUGUUCGACCUCCCUCGUCGCCCAAUGCUCAGUUAUUAUCUCUUCGUUGCUUGGCCAAUAUGGCUGCCCACGUAGAAGGACGUUGUAUUUUAGCCAAGAUGUGGGAACAGGUGGUUUCUGCCACGGUAGAAAUAUCACCGUACCCUAACAAAAAUUUGGAGAUUGCAGCAGCAACAGUACUACUAAAUUACAGUGUCAUACUGAGCAUAAAUACUGUUGGAAAGUUAGAGAAUCAGUGUCAGGUGAUGAGUGGUGCCGCAGCCGUGGCCAUGUGCUCAAAAGAACCAGAGGCACAGUUCCGUGCUCUCGUGGCUCUCGGAACUCUGCUGUAUCAUAGUGAAGAGUGCCGUUCCUUUUCUGCCUCACUUGAUCUAAAGCCUGUGAUACAAAACUUAUCAGGUGUUACCUCACCAUCAAAAGUUGGAGAGUGUGCCGGCCACAUACUACGGCUUCUCUAGCACUGUAGUUCAGUAUUAGUAGUAGUAGUUUUAUGAAUUAAUUGUAAAGGGUGUUUUUUUUAUUGUAAAUCUUUUAAUACCUAAAUAGAGGUAAGUUAUCUUUCAUGAGUUUAAGUUCAGAGUAUAAUUUUUGAAGUUGUGUUUGUUUAAUGUGACCUCACCAAGAAUAGCAAUAUGAACAGACUUUUGUAAUGUUUAAUGCACAGUAAGGCAAGCGCUCAGCUUGGCAAUGUUGUGUUGUGAUCAGUGAAACUAUAAAAAAUAAAAAUUGAAAAUAAAGGACA